AAAUGAAACUGCGCGGCCAGCGCCGACAGAGGAGGGCGGAGCCGGAGGCGAUGGAGAGCACCGCCCGCGUCUUCCCGCCCCUUAAAAGGCCAGCCACGAACCGCCAAGCCGCCUAUCGUCUCAACCUCGAGCAACGCUUCGGCGCCGCUGCAACCGUCGCCGAGGGCUUCCAAGCAGACGACGCGGCCGCCCGUCAGGGAGAACCCGCGACCGGAAGAGGAUGGAGGUCAGCGACGAGGAGAGCGUCACCGGCCCCGCCCGCACGCCGGACCCGGACUCGGAGCCGGAGCAGCCGGACCCCGCCGCGGCCGCAGCGGCUGUCGCGCCGUACCCCGGGGACAUCGACGACGAGACCGCGGCCGACCUCGCCCGCCUGCUGGACUCGGACUCGGAGCAGCCGGACCCCGCGGGGCUCCGGUCGGGUAUGGCGCCGUACCUCGGGGACAUCGACCGGUACAUGCGGUCCCUGGAGGCAUCGAGGAGGCCGAGGGAUGACUACAUGCGGACAACACAGGAAGAUAUCAAUCCCAAAAUGAGGGCGUUCCUAGUGGACUGGCUGGUGUACGUGGCUUUGACAUUCAGGCUUCCUGCUGACACACUUCACCUUGCAGUUUCAUAUGUCGAUCGCUUCCUCACAGCAAAUGUCAUUAGCCAGGACAAGCUGCAAUUACUUGGUGUGACCGCAUUGAUUGUUGCUGCGAAAUAUGAAGAUGGCAUAUUUGUGCAUGAGGUUCGAAGAUACAGGAACGUUGCUGCCAACACGUACACCAGGCAGCAGGUGGUGAAGAUGGAGUCUGACAUACUGAAAUCUCUUAACUUUGAGAUGGGGAGUCCCACUGCAAGAACUUUUCUACGGAGAUACAUAACUGUUUGCCGCGGACGUGAUCGUGCAAAAGCGAAGAGGCUGGAGUUUCUGUGCAGCUACCUUGCAGAAUUGAGCUUGCUGGACUAUGACUGCAUAAAGUUCAAUCCAUCAGUUGUUGCUGCUGCCUGCCUUUUUUUGGCCAGGUUCACAAUCAGCCCAACUGCCCGUCCUUGGAACCUGACGCUGCAAAGGAACACGAAAUACAAGGUCUCUGAUCUCAAGUCUUGCAUCUUGAUGAUACGCAAAUUGCAGUUGAAUGGAACGUAUCCGGGCCUGAAAGGAGAGGCCAUCAAAGUCAAGUAUAAUGAUCGCGAGGUAAGAUGCGCUUUCCCCAGUUUUUUGGCUUUUGCAUGCGUGCUUUUUUUUUGAAUUUGUUUUUUCGAUCAUUGUACAACUUGAGGGUGUGUCGGCAAUGGCUUCACCUAAAAAUAUGCCUCCGCGUUUCCUGAAGAACAUCAGACGGUGAAAGGCCAAAGUACUCUUGCAACAUCUUUUGCAGGCGUUGCAGAAACUACAAAUUAUUUUGUUAGUAGGUAGAGAUACAGGCUUUGUUUCAGACAUUGGGGAUUUGGUGUCUGUCGGCUUCCUGCUUUUCCACGCCUGCCGGGAAUCAGUUUCCGUGUCGCAGUUCCAGUUGCAUUGAUAGGAGCGCGGCUAGCAUCAUUGAUAGGUUGACAUGAUAUGCGACUGGAGGGUUUUUGUACAGAUGAUAGAACACGAUGGUGCCACACUCUGUGAUAUUGCAUAUAAAGUUUCAGGGCAAAUCCUAACGUGUUUUGGAAUUUCAUCACCAGUUUAUGUUGAAUAUAUUGCCUCUGACCAGAGCACUGAUUGCUGACGAACUUAUUUGAAUUAGAUGCGUCAACUAUUUUGCACAUGUCAUAAGCAAAAUAGUUUAUGUACGGAAGUUGACUGAAUAAUGAACCUAUCUGCCCAUGAAAUGAAUCGGUUAGUGUGCCAUUAUAAGCAGUAACAAACGAAAGCUGAUAAUCAGAAAGACGAUUGGGAUCUCAAACUACAGCAACUGCUCACAACUGAUGCAGAUAACAAAAUUUCUGUUCUCAAUAGAAUUGCUGUAAUCCGUUUGUACGGUUUCUACACCAUUAAACUUGACGCCGGAAUGCUAAACAAAAUUACACCAUAAUACAUCAGACUUGUACAGACAUUAUCUCAAUCUAAUGGAAGGUUACAUGAGGGAUGUAAAUAAGAAGAAAAUUACAUAUUUGGUAUGAAGACCUUAUAGAUCCGCUUAGGUAGCUGGAACCUAGGGUCUACGGGAGCUAGUUGAUACAAUGGCGAGGAGAGAUAUUGAUAUCCUUUGGGUCUAAGAAACCAAAUGGAGGGGACAUAUGACAAAGUAGGUGGAGGAUACCGGCUUCAAGCUCACGGGGGCAACCGCAAACAGAAACUGGGUGGCCAUCUUGAUCAACAAGAGCCUCAAGUCUAGAGUGAUGGACGUCAAGAGGCGUGAGGACCGGAUUAUCCUAGUCAAGCUGGUAGUUGGGAACUUAGUUCUCAAUGUCAUCGGCGUGUAUGUCUGGCAAGUAGGGCACAAUGAGAACACCAAGAGAGAGUUCUAGGAAGGCAUGAAGGACAUGGUUAGUAGUAUACAUAUUAGCAAGAAGCUCUUCAUAUAAGGAGACCUCAAUGGCCACGUGGUAUAUCUAACACAAGUUUUGAAGUGCAUGGAGACUUUGGCUAUGGCAUAAGGAAUCACGAAGGAGAAUAUGUCUUAAGCUUCGCUCUGGCCUACGCUAAUACCCUCUUUAAAAGAGAGAAUCACAUCUAGUAACUUUUAGUGGUGGUCAACACUCUAGCCAGAUUGGUUUCGUCCUCUCGAUAUGAGAAGACAGGUGUGCUU